AUGUCGGGACAGGAUCGAAGCCAGAUAUCAGAGGAAAGAUUGGCGCAAAUUCAGAACGUUCUAGGUCGUGAGCCAGAAGAUCUGAUCUCCAACUGGACGGAAGCUGACGAGGACGGGAGAACAUUGACCCUAUUCAAAUACCAGGACAAAAUCUACCCUGCCUUUGGGGAUAUUGCUUUCGGCCAACUCAAAGAUUUGACCAUUAGGGACGAUGAUGUGUAUAUUGUGGGCUACCCGAAAACAGGAUGCCACUGGACGUUUGAGGUGAUAACCAUGAUGCUACAGGGCGAGGCUAAGCUAUCCCUGAGGAACAAACAACAGACCUUUGUUGACGUCGUUAACCCAACAAAGCUGGCCACUCUACCCUCCCCGCGAGUUCUUAACUCUCACGUGCACUUCCAGGAUAUGCCCAGACAGGUCGUUGAGAAGAAGACAAAGAUGGUGCUGACUAUUCGCAACCCAAAAGACACAGCCGCCUCUUUCUACAACCAUCAUCGCACGAUAGCACGCUACGGCUAUGACGGGCCCUUCAACAAGUGGUUCCCUCUCUACCUCAACGGGAGAGGACCUACCAUGAGAGAUCAUGCGACUGUCACAGUUCCUGGGUACAAACAUAACAGUUUAUCCCGUAUUUCGUUGGACCUGCCACGAGAGAUCCAGCGACUGUCAGAGUUCCUGGGUAUCUCCGUCACUGACAGUCUGGUGGCGGGAAUCUGUGACGUCACUGGGAUAAAAAAGAUGAAGGAAACUUUCCUCAAAGCUGGGUCGAAAUUCAGCGUACGAAAAGGAUGCCACUGGACGUUUGAGGUGCUGCUCAUGAUCCUACAGGGCGAGGCAAAGCUGUCAGAGAGGAACAAACUACAAACUUAUGUAGACGUUGUUAACCCCACAAUGCUGAGCACUUUACCCUCCCCGCGAGUUCUUAACUCUCAUCUACUCUUCCAGGACAUGCCCAAGCAGCUGUCGUAA